AUGUCCAUGGACCUCGACGAUGCUCCUGUACCCAUUGGGGUGGCAACACAACAGACAGCCGCGACUAUUCUCUGCUGCAACUGCGGCGCCCCUAUCGACGGAACGACCGCCACCAAUGCUCUCUGCUUCAAUUGCGUCAAGCUCACAGUCGACAUCUCUCAAGGGAUCCAGCGCGAAGCGACUCUCAAUUUCUGUCGUGACUGCGACCGAUGGCUGCACCCGCCGGCCAGCUGGGUCGUGGCCAUGCCCGAAUCCCGCGAGCUGCUGGCCCUGUGCCUCAAGAAACUGCGAGGUCUCCAUAAAGCCCGUGUGGUCGACGCAAGCUUUGUCUGGACGGAGCCGCACUCCCGGAGAAUAAAGGUCAAGCUUACGAUCCAGGACGCCGUCCAGGGCGGCGUCUUGCUCCAGCAGAGCUUUGAAGUCGUUUACGUGGUGGCGACGCAGCAGUGCCCCGAGUGCGCCAAGUCAUUUACCGCCAACGUCUGGAGGGCGUGCGUCCAGGUGCGACAAAAGGUCUUGCACAAGAGGACGUUUUUGUUCCUGGAACAAUUCAUCAUGAAACACAACGCCCACAGAGAUACACUCAACAUCAAGGAUGCCAAGGACGGCAUCGAUUUCUUCUUCUCGCAGAAGAACCAGGCCGAAAAGUUUAUCAGCUUUCUCAACUCUGUUGUGCCCGUCACGGUCAAGGCGUCCCAGGAGCUCAUAUCUCACGAUGUUCACACGUCCAAGAAGUCGUACAAGUUUACUUACUCGGCUGAAAUCGUGCCCAUAUGCAGAGACGACUUGGUCGCCAUGCCCAUCAAGCUGGCCAAGCAAUCCGGCAAUAUUUCACCUCUAGUCCUGUGCCACAAGAUUGGAACUUCGGUCUAUCUGAUGGACCCCCAGACUCUCCAAACUGCCGAUAUUGCCUCACCGAUAUACUGGCGCGCCCCCUUCAGAUCGCUUGCCGACGCCCAAGAAUUAGUAGAAUUUAUCGUCAUGGACAUCGAGCCCACCAAUACCCGAAGAGGCAAAUGGGUCCUCUCCGAAGCCACCGUCGUCAGAGCAUCAGACCUCGGGGUCAACGACCAGAGCUACUUUACGAGAACACACCUGGGCCACUACCUCCAACCCGGCGACUCUGUCAUGGGAUACCUCCUUACAGGUACCAUGUUCAACAAUCCCGAGUACGAGGCCAUCGAAGAGUCCAACACAUACUCCUCCACCAUUCCCGACGUGGUCCUGGUCAAGAAGCACUACCCGCGUCGCCGGAAGAACCGCCGACGUAACUGGAAGCUCAGACGCAUGGGCAAAGACGAAGGCGAGCUCCUACCCAAGAAGGCAGAUCAAGAUCGCAUGGACCGCGAGUACGAACUCUUCUUGCGGGAUGUGGAAGAGGAUGAGGAGCUUCGUGCCGCUUUGGCUCUUUACAAGAACGACAAGAAGAGAGCAGAGGAGGAGAUGAGCGUUGCGGAAACGGAGGAGGGCGAGGAUGACGGCGUACCUCCGGUCAAUAUGGACGAGCUGCUAGACGACUUUGAUGAGCUGACAAUGCAAGACUCUUGA